GCCGGGCCGGGCGGCCGCGGGCACCGACGGCGCGGCCAUGAGCUCCGUGUGGAAGCGGCUGCAGCGCGUCGGCAAGCGCGCCGCCAAGUUCCACUUCGUGGCCUGCUACCAGGAGCUGGUGGUGGAGUGCUCCAAGAAAUGGCAGCCGGACAAGCUGACUGUGGUGUGGACCCGAAGGAACCGCCGGAUCUGCACCAAGCCCCAUAGCUGGCAGCCGGGAAUAAAAAACCCAUACCGGGGCACGGUGGUGUGGAUGGUGCCCGAGAAUGUGGACAUCAUGGUGACUCUCUAUCGGGACCCUCAUGUAGAAGAGUACGAAGACAAGGAGUGGACCUUCGUGAUCGAAAAUGAAUCGAAGGGGCAUCGCAAGGUCCUGGCCUCGGUGGACAUCAACCUCAAGCGCUUCGCCAGCCCCACGCCCACCCAGACGGACCUCAAGCUGAAGCUGAAGCCGCGCUCGGUGAAGGUGCUGGCGGCCACGCUGCAGCUCACGCUCUCCUGCGUGUUCCUGCGCGAGGGAAAGGCCACGGAUGAGGACAUGCAGAGCUUGGCCAGUCUGAUGAGCGUCAAACCCUUGGACAUCGGCAACCUGGAUGACUUUGCUGACAGCGAGGAUGACGCGUCGGCCGAAGAAGCCCCGAAGCCGAGCCGGCAGGAGAACGGGGCAGGCCCGGGCGGUCCUCCUGCAGGAUUCCUCAAAAGCGUGUUGACGGACUAUUUUUCAGACACUUCUCGGGAUUUGAACACCCUGACUGAGGAGGAGGAGGAGGCAUCGGGCCAGGGCGCAAGUCAGAUGGGAUCGGCAGCCCCUGGCCCAUCCAAGACCGCCAGGAAGGAAGCCUCUCCAGGGGUCCCCGGCCAAGCAGCCAGCGCCGUCGACGGAAGCGCCCUUGGGGACGCGGCCCGUCCCGCCGCCGCGACGCCUUCGACAGUAAGUGGCGCGGAGUGUGCAGGGCUUGUGGGGCACGAAGGCGCGAGCGGAGUGAGGCCGGGAGGAGCGGCUGGCGCCUCAGGAGGGCCGGGCACCGGGGACCGUCCGAAGGGCACGUCUGCGGAGCUGGCAGGAAUGGGGGCCGAAGAGGCGGCGGUGGAGGAGGAAGAGAGACCCGAGGUGCCGCGGGGGCAGAGGAUGCCGUCGCCGCCGGAGGAUGCUGAGGACAGGCCGGCGGAUAUCUGGAAACCCAGAGAGCAAAUGCCCGUGUCUGCCCCACGGCGGAAAAAGAGUCCCCUCAAAGGACCCACCCAGCCCCCAGAUGUGUCUCUGCUGCCGUCUUUUGCACCCGGGCCCAUCCCCGUGCGAGAAGACCGGCUGGAGAAGACGCCGGUGUCCCCGGAGCGCUCGAGCCCUGUGGCAGAGGCGGCCGGGCCCGCGGAGGACGGCCGGCACAGCGCCCCCGUGCCCGUUGCUCCGAGCAGCCCGGAGCGGGAAAGACCCGGCAGUGGGAGCCGGGCGGAGGCGCCCCAUCCUCCCCCGCCUCCCCAGAACCCGCUGGUGGUGUGUUUUGUGGAGGAUGCGGCCCUCGCCAGUCACAGCCCAGUCCUGGUCAGCAGCAGGCCAAGCCCCGUGGCGGCCUCUCUGGACGCGGCGUUCCUGGCCCUGUCCCCCACACUGGGGCUGCCCCCCACGGCGCAGGGGUUUCCCGAACCGGCUCCCGGCGGCAGCUGGAGAGGGCAAGGGUUGCUCGAAGAGGCUCCUGCACCGGCGAGCACCGGUGCCUGGGCGGAUCCUGCCCCAGGGCCGGCUGGGGGCGCCUGUGGAGGGGCAGCACAGCCAUCUGGGGAGGACCAGCCGGCUGUGGGGCCCUCGGCUGACCUGGCGAGCGGUGGAUCGGAGGAGCCGUGGCUGACCGCCCCGGGAGGGCGUGCGGAGGGGCCCGUGGCAGGAGGAGCUCCCCCUCCGGAGUGCCCGGCUGAAGCGCAGAGGGAGCCCGCGGAAGAGGAAGAGGAAGAGGAGGCGGCCAGGCACGAUGCUGCCGGGGCUGGCCCCACCGAGGGGGCCUGCCCAGGACCCCUUUCCCAGGGGGAGGAAGGUCGGCGAGAGGCUGCAGCCGGAGCGGGGUUUCCAGGGCCCAGAGGCGCUGCGUCGGGGGCUGAUGCUUGCACGGAAGAGCCGCUCGCGCAGGAGCUUCGCAACGCUGCCCCCCGCCUGGCAUGGGCAGAGCCGCCCCCGGCGGGGAAGGUUGCGGACGAGGGGGCAGAGGGGGGCCUGGGGGGGACGCCCGCCCCGGCUCUUUUGGAGCCCAGAUCGGCCGGAAGAGAGGCCAGCCCCGCUGGGGGUGCGGAGGAGAGGAGCGGACGGCCCGUGCCCGGGAAGGCUGACGAGGGACCGCUUGGCGAGGGGCCCGUGGGGCUGCAGCAGCAGCACGGGGAAGAGCGCGGCCAGGCGCGGUCGGAAGACGCUUCGGAAGCUGGGGGAACGGAGGCCUGUGAGCCGGACUCGGAGCAGAGUGCGGAGGCGUUGGACGCGCGGCUGCCGGCGAGCGCGGCCCUCGGCCAAGAAGGGCCGGGGGCCGGUGAGGAGCUGCCAGCCGGCCCCACUUUCGCUCGCCGCGGAGAUGCUGGAGCUGAGGCGGUUCCCGGUGCCGCCGAGUUCGCGUGGAGGAGCCGCGAGCCGGAAGGACUGCCCGCCGCGAGCCCCGGCGCCCCGAGCCCCCCGCCUUCUCGGGAUGGUGCCCGGCCCCUCCCAGCUCCCGGUGCCUCCGAGGAGAGGCCGGCCAGUCCGUGCCAGGAGACUCCGGUGCUGAGCCCCGUCCCCUGUGGCCCGGCACUGGAUCCUGCAGCACGAGGGGAGUCCCAGGUCGACUCCCCCAGCGGCCAAACACCCACGAAUUCCAGCCAGUCCUUGCUGGAAUGGUGCCAGGAAGUGACCGCUGGCUAUCGGGGCGUCCGCAUCACCAACUUCACGACAGCUUGGCGCAACGGCCUGGCUUUCUGUGCCGUUCUGCAUCACUUCCACCCGGACAAGAUCAAUUACGAAGCCCUGGAUCCGCUCAAUAUCAAAGAAAACAAUAAACUGGCUUUCGAUGGCUUUGCCUCGCUGGGCAUCUCCCGGCUGAUGGAUCCCAGCGACAUGGUCUUCCUGGCCGUGCCCGACCGACUGAUCGUCAUGACGUACCUGUGCCAAAUCCGGGCCUUUUUCACGGGGCAAGAGCUGAACGUGGUCCAGCUUGCUGGCCACACAAGCGAGACAACCUACAAAGUGGGCAAAUUUGAAACGGAUGCCUCCAGUCCCAUCGAUCCGGCUGUCUUUUACUCCCAGCAUCUCCUGAAGGCUGCCGGGCAGGUGGAGGCACCUGGGGAGUUGGACCUUGAAGGUGCUGGGACGCCACAGGCCUCGGCCGUUGCGCUGGAGGAACGCCAGCCACCGAAGGUGGAGGACGUGACCCAGAAGCAUUCUGGGGGUGAGCAAAGGGCAGACGUGGCAACGGAUUCUGGGAACAACGCCGUAACGGAGCGCCGGAGGGCAAAAGCCAGCCCUACGGAUGCACUGCAGCCUAUGGAACUGGAGGUGACCGCUGAGGCUGCGGGAGAUGCAGAAAAUGCCCAGACGGAGAUGGUCGACGGUGCCCCGGGCCCGCCGGUUCCAGCGCCGAAGUUUGAGCCCGCCUCUGCGGGCUCAGACACAGGAGAGGCAACGGCGAUGCCCAGAAGCCCCUCAAGUUUGCCAUCUCGCCCCAAGGAUGCUGCGAUGGAGGCCCCAAGGCCUGAUGGGAAGGCUUUGGUGAAUGGCGACAUGGCCACUUCCUCCACGGAACGUGGGACCCAGGUGGAUUCUGGGGCUGUGGCCCCAAGGACUGAUGGGAAGGCAGUAACGAACGGUGCCGGGACGGAUCAGGGCAUGGAACCGGAGGAAGGGCUCUGUGCCCCGGGGGGCUCUGGGGUGGAAGCCCCGAAGCCAGAUGAGAAGGGCUUAGCCAAUGGGGCCACGGCCUCACAGAGCCCAGAACCAGCGGCUGCGGGGCAUCUUGGGCCAGAAGCGGCAAAGCCCGAUGGGAAGCCGUCGGCCAGUGCCGCCGAGCAGGUGGUCGCCCCUCCGCGGCUGAAGCGGCUGGCCUCCCGGAGCAGCGUGGAGCGCCCCUUGCAGCGGGUGCCGUCCACAGGGAGCCAAGCCCCCGUGGCCCCGCCACGCAGCCACGCCGCCAAGUCCUCCUUCGCCCACGUGCGGGACGCGGACCUGGUGAAGAAGCGGCGCUCCCGGCUGAAGAGCGAGUCCCUCUCCAUGGACGAGGCCGACGCGGAAGACGCUGCCAAGAGGCUCGCCGCGGACGAUGUGUGUGAUGAAGCCUCAAGACCCCGACAAAUGACAGCAAAAGCACAACAGGGAUCAGCCUCUCCAGCCACGACCUCCCAGGACCUGGCUCAGGCUGUGAACCUCAAGAACACCUCAAACGAAGAGGAGGUUCCGAGGUUUCAAGACACCAGCCAGUACGUCGUGGCCGAGCUCCGGGCUCUGGAGAACGAGCAGAGGCAGAUCGACGGCCGGGCAGCCGUGGUGGAGAAGGAGCUGCGGGGUCUCAUGGAGGCGGGCACAGACAAGCAGAAGGAGGAGGAGCUGAUCCAAGAAUGGUUCACCUUGGUGAAUAAGAAGAACGCCUUGAUCCGGCGGCAGGACCAGCUGCAGCUGCUGGUGGAAGAGCAAGACCUGGAGCGGCGCUUUGAGCUCCUGAGCCGCGAGCUGAGGGCCAUGAUGGCGAUCGAAGACUGGUUGAAGACAGACGUUCAGCAGCAGCGGGAGCAGAUGCUUCUCAAAGAGCUCGUGUCCCUGGUGAACCAGCGCGAUGAGCUGGUGAGAGACUUGGACAUCAAGGAGAGGAUAGCCCUGGAAGAGGACGCCAGACUGGAGCGCGGAUUGCAACAGAGGCGCCACAAGCUCAGCCGCAAAGAGAAGUGCCGUGUCAGCUGAGGCGGGCCAGGACAGCCUUCCUCUUCCCCUUUCGCCCCCCGAGGCCACCCCAGGCCUCACCCCAGGCCCUUCGGAAGGGCGCUCCCUGCCGCCCCCCUUAGCCGUCCUCUGCUGGGACCCACGGCUGCUUGUCUCUUCGUGCCAAAGAAGCUUCGCGGGGCUUUCUUUUCAGCACGUACGUUGGUGUCCAAACCUGCCGCCUCCCUCUUGCUGCAGAGAGGGGGAGCAUUUUAAAAAAGCAGUGCUUUUGAACUGCCACAAAGCUCGGGCAAGCCAGGGAGCACGCCAGUCCCCGCAGCCCCGAUCCCUGCUGCUUGGCUUGCAGUAGUCCCCUCCGAAAAUUGGCACUUGGCUUCCAAAAUCUGGUCGCAAGCCACUACGAAGACUCAGGUCAAACCGAGCUCAGCCUUGCCUGGUUUUCAUAGCAGGAUCCUGUUCCCCCCUUUUCCUGAUGUUUUGGGCAAAGGUAGGAGCCUAGCCUGGCCCACCUUUGCCACGUACCCAACUUACCCAGAGAAGGGGCAGCACCUUUUAUCAUUGCUCUCUAAACUAUUUAUUUUGUGUGUGUGUGUGUGUGUGUGCUUGAAUGCUUGCUCCUUUGGCUCUGGAAACGGGUGCCCCCUUUCCAGAUCUGCACCCGUCAGAACGCUGGCUUGAAAAACUUCUGUGAGUUCUGCCUUUUACUCUUACCGUAUUUUAUUUUUUAACGAUCAUUGUUGACAAUGAUGGUACAGUCGCCACCACGUGCCUUCUCGGCUCCUGCAACCAGAUGCAAAAAAUCCCAGGAAGGUUUGCUCUCAGUUUGCAACACCUCCUGGUCCCCCAAGCCCAGUCCCUUCGAGGUUACUUGCACUAAAUUUGUACCAGAGUUUGCAAUAAAUAUAGCGAAAAAACA